AUGACAAGCCCCGCGAAUGGCAAGGUCAACGUCGGCUACUUUGUUGAUUGGGGCAUCUACGCCAGGCAGUAUUUUCCUAAGCAUGUUCCCGCAACCUCUCUUACGCAUAUCCUCUACUCAUUCGCCGACGUCAAGCCGGAUACUGGUGAAGUAUUUCUCACGGACACCUGGUCGGGCCAGCAAAUCCGCUACACGGACGUGGAGGAUCCAGAUUCCUGGAACGACCCUCCCGGUAGGAGCAACCUCUAUGGCAAUUUCAAGCGUUUUGGAUUGAUCAAAAGGCACAAUCGUGCGCUGAAGGUCCUGCUCUCGAUCGGAGGGUGGACUUACAGGUCCCACUUCUGGCCGAUGGCCGGCAGCGAGACAUGCAGGCAGACAUUCGCCCAGACUGCCGUUCAGCUGCUCGAAGACAACGGCCUUGAUGGGAUUGAUGUCGAUUGGGAGUAUCCUGCGGACAGCGAGCAAGCACACGCGUUCACACUACUACUGCAAGGGAUUCGCUCCGCCCUCGACGCAGCUCAAGCCAAGCGCACGAGCGACCCGCCACGCUUUCUGCUGACAGCCGCUGUGUCUGCCGACAAGUCCAAGGUUCAAACCAUGGAUCUCAGUGGGAUGGAUCAGUACCUUGACUUUUGGAACAUUAUGGCCUACGACUAUGCUGGCUCAUGGUCAGACCUUACUGGUCAUCAUGCGAAUCUGUACAACGACAGCAAUACAUCGCCUGCUUCGGAGGCUUCGGGAGACGAUGCCGUCAAGACGUACACCAACGCCGGCGUCAGCGCGUCGAAGCUCGUAUUUGGCCUUCCGCUUUAUGGACGGGCCUUUGCCAGCACGGCCGGCCUCAAGGCCACAUUUCAAGGCGUCGGACCCGGCAGCUGGGAGAAUGGCGUGUGGGAUCUCAAGGCGCUUCCCCACGCCGGUGCCUCUGUUACUGAGGAUACCAAAUAUUCCGGCGCUUCGUACUCGUACGACCCCAGCCAGCAGUUGCUCAUCUCGUAUGACACGCCGGCCAUCUUUGAUCAAAAGACAAAGUACAUCAACGACAAGGGCCUUGCCGGCGCCAUGUACUGGGAGCUUUCGAGCGAUUAUACUUCCAGCUCUUCCGUCACGCCAAUGGUUCUUCGGGUGGCGAGUAAACUCGGAAAGCUUGACAGCACCAAUAACUGCAUUGACUAUCCAUAUUCGAAGUUCGACAAUGUACGCAAUGGCUUUACUUCGUGA